CCGGAAGUGGAUUACAGCAUGAGCACCGAUCGACCAUGGUUAGGGUUUAUUUAUUAGCAAUUAUUUUGUGUUUUAUCAAUCAUGUGGAUUCUAAAGAAGAUUGUUUUCCUCCGGAGUGGUUGAAGUCAGUGUCGCUGUCCGUGAAGAUUUCCAAAGCAGGAUUUCACAGAGAUCUUCAGUACACAGUUGAGUGGAGCGACACGGAUCAUGAUGUCCAGGCUUUACUGCUCCAGAAGAUGCCCAGCGGAGUCUAUCUGGACGAGUACCAGCUGGAGACCCUGAGACGGGACACCGGUUUGGAGGUUCUCCUGGAUUCGAAGGUUGAUCUGGAGGCUCCAGAGUAUCUGUCGUCUGGGUUCACAGCGCUGGUGUUUCUCUCAGGAGCACGCGAGGCUGUGGUCCCCGUUCACGGCCGAUAUCACAGACCCUCAGACUCCAGCGAGCGCGUGAGAGUAGACCUCGAGAGGCCCAGACUGCUGCUCCGAUCAGACCAGUGUCCUGGGGUCCGUGGGGUGGUGGUUGAUGCUCCCUGCACCGUCAGCAACCACAGCAUCUGCUCCUGGAUGGAGAUCCUGGAUCUGGAGGGCGAUGCAGGGCUGAGUCUGGAGCUGCCGGUCGGGGACUCCUCCAUGAUCUUCAGCGUGUGUGUGGUUACUGUACUGACCACCGUCCUGAGCUGUGUGUACCUGCUCCGAAACAUCUGGAGACACGGCAGCUUCUGAGCACACACCAGAGUCAGAGGAAACCCUGCGCCGCUCAAGAGAAGUGUGCUUGAAUGAACACGAGGUCAUCACAGGGGAUUAAUUAUAAUGUAAUACUGAGAUUGUAAAUAAAGCUGAAUGUUACUUUGUUUAAAAAAUA